AUGCGGCCUCCUGCACUGCGCUGCAAGGCUGGGCCGAGGCCACCACCGGGGUCGCCGCCCGUUCAUCUCAGAAAGAAGGUGAAGCUGGAGCCGACGCCGCCUCCUGGGCCGCCGCCCGCUCAUCUCCUCAAUGCGGUGGAGGAUCCAUACCUCCUCGCGGAGCCGGGCCUCGCGGAGGCGAAAGAGGUGGAGGAGCAUGACUACCAGCAGGAGGGCCAGUGCCAGCAGGGUUACCAGCAGGGCUACCACCACCAGGGCUACCAGCAGGGCCAGCGCCAGCAGGGCCAGGACCAGCAGGGCUACCAGCAGGACGGUGACCAGCAGGGCCUGGACCAUAAGGUCCAGCACCAGAAGGCCCUCGCGGAGGCGAAGGAGGAGCAGGCGGCGGAGCCAGGCCUCGCGAAGAAGGAGCCCGACCUCGCGGGUUUCGUGAAGGCGAAGGCGAAGGAACUGGCCCUCCUGCUAGCCCUGGGCCAGCAGGGCUACCACCAGAAGUGCCAGGACCAGCAGGGCUACCAGCAGGGCCAGCACCAGAAGGGCCAGUGCCAGCAGCAGGGCUAUCAGCAGGACGGUGACCAGCAGGGCCUGGACCAGAAGGCCCAGCACCAGAAGGGCCAGCAGCGGGGCCUCCUCGCGGAGGCGAAGGAGGCGGCGAAGGGCCAGUACCAGCAGGGCCUCGGAAAAGGGCUUCCCAUCUACCAAUUGCACGGCUACUUCGAGGACUGGACCGGCGUCGCGCAACGCAUCAUGGAGAAGAGGAUGGCCGCAGAGGGGCGGCUGAGCCGCAUGGCACUCGACGCCCGCGGCAGGCGCGAGAUUCUAGAGGCGGACAUCGCCAGGAGGGCGGGGGGCGCCUAA